CUCAACCGGCGGACGGUGGCGGUUCGGCCGAGCCGUGGCGUCCGGCUGCGACGGGCCGUGGCGGCGGGCCCGCUCCUCUGCUGACGGGACUGCUCGCCGUGCUGGGCACGUUGGCGCUGGCGGGCCUCGUGGUAGCUGUGCUCGUGCGGCGGCACCGGCGGCGGCGGGCAGCCCGGCGCGCGGCCGCCGGCUCUCUGCACAAGUGCAUGCAGCAGUACGUGACAAACCCCACCUACUACUCGUCAGCUCCGGAGACGCCGCUGCGAAAAGUGCUUCACGACGUCGAGAUAUCCGCCGACUGCAUCCGCUUCGUUGAGGAGAUCGGCGAAGGGUGCUUCGGAAAGGUCCACAAGGCGGUGUACACGCACCCUGACGGCAGCGAGGAGGACGUGGCCGUGAAAGUGCUCAAGGAGAGCGUGUCCAACGAGGCGCAGGCGGACUUCGAGCGGGAGGUGCAGAUCAUGUCCAGCUUCAAGCACGAGAACAUCCUCAAGCUACUUGGUGUCGUGUUUAAAGAGUCCGGUUCCAUACCCUGGAUGGUCUUCGAGUUCAUGACGUACGGAGACCUGGCGGAGCUGCUCCGAGCCAACGGCUACGGUCGUGACUCGGCAACUAGGAAACCCCCGACUCAGCUCACUCUGUCGAGCCUGCCAUGGCUGGCGACGCAGAUCGCGAGCGGUAUGUGCUACCUGUCGUCCCAGCACUUCGUGCACAGAGACCUGGCCACAAGGAACUGCUUGGUGGGCAAUGACCUCUGCGUCAAGAUCUCCGACUUCGGCAUGUCCCGCGACAUCUACACCUGCGACUACUACAAGAUACGUGGUUCCCGCAUGCUGCCAGUGCGGUGGAUGGCCCCCGAGAGCAUAAUGUACGGCAAGUUCACCCUCGAGUCCGACGUCUGGUCCUACGGUGUAGUCCUGUGGGAAAUCUUCACCUUCGGAAAGCAGCCCUACUACGGCCACUCGAAUGAGGAGGUGGUGAAGCUGAUCCUGCAGGGCAUCCUGCUGAGCCCGCCCGAGGAGUGUCCCGCGCACGUGUGUACCAUCAUGGCAGGCUGCUGGAAGACGGAGCCGCGCGACCGCCUCAGCUUCAGCGACAUCUACAAGCGGCUCGUGGACACGUACCCGCCACCUCCGCCGCCGCAGGAAGAGCCGGAGCCCCUCGAGGAAGAGCUGGACAGCGAAGACUACCUGGUGCCCAAGGCGCCGGCCGCGCCCCGCCACCAACCAUGGUGAAAGGAAGGCACACAAAACACACCCGCGCGCUCAGUCCGCCUCCUCUUACUACCAUCCGGAGGCCAGUGACGCUUUUUGGAGGUCAUCAGGCUCGCAAUCACGCUCACCAGAUGGUUGGCGAGAGUUCGCGCUAGUUCACUGGAAACCACGGUUAUGCCGCUGUUGCUCGGCGAUCGGUUGGUUCUCGGUUUGUGUGUGAUGUACGGUCGAUGACGUGGCUCUGACUCCGGCACGGUUGCGUUUCCACGCCCUGGAGUUCACCAGAAAAAGGCGCGGCGUUAAGACUUCAAAUCGUAAAGUCGCACGUUUCGGAGUAGCAUCUGGUUUUCGGGAAUGGAUUGUUGCAUCCUGUAGUAUAACGCCGCGCCGAAAUGGCCUGACAAGACAGCGCGGCAGGUGGCGCGCGCUAUAAUUAAGGUUACCGAGCUCAAUUUCCUCUAACCACGCCCAGUCAGCUGACGACAGUAUGGUAAGUCGUGCAACUGAGCAAACUAUUACUUAAAAAACUGCGCUCGUCCCCACGACGCUUACUGCGGCCGCCAUCACAAGCUACAUGCCAAUCGAAAGCUGUGGCGCAAAGCGUACGUGUGUUCGCCAUUUGCUGCACGCUUCUUGCGGAGUAUGUUUGGAAAUGAAAGUGAAUCAGGCACGAUGGCGUGGUUAUUUUGUGUCCCGCGUGCAGGAAGGGCUUUGACCGCAGCAGUGGCAAAGGUGUCGCAUCGCUACAUAAAAUCCAGCUCUUAUUAAUCACAAGCCUUGACGGAGACCUUCAGAGGCUUCUGUUUGGGUCGUU